CCAAACCCAGCUGAGGGCCGAACCCAAGCUUCGGCAACUCAGAGCGCUCCAAUUACUGUAUUACGAACCUCAAGUUUUGCCGACUUCGCGAUUUCGGUAGCAACCAUACAACUCUUCACCCUGCAAUUGACACACCCUCUCAGUCGAUUGAACCCUUCUACACGAUGCGACCUACUCAGAUGCUCAGGGCCGGUGGCGAGGGCCCGCUCGGCAAGUAUAACAAGUACCUCGGUGGCUGGGGCAACUUCGGUGGCAUGAAGCAGCGCGGCAUCAUCACAUACGGUCUCUCCGCCAACCGACAGAACCCACUUGCCGGCACUGCACACGAUGCUGUCUUCAACACGUGGCGCAGAUUCAGCAGGCAAGUCCUAUACGUCGCACCACCUCUGGUUUUCUUCUACUACACCAUGGAAUGGGCGAUUGAGAGAAACCACUAUUUGAACUCCAAGCAGGGACGUGCCGAGUUCGGUGACGAGGAAUAGAUGGUGCAAGGGUAACGAGGAAAGUAUUGGUGCCACUUUACAAUUACGUGUAGUCUACAAAGACGUGUAUAUCAAUAGACUGGGAUCCAUGACGAACGCCGAGUUUGGAGUCCCGAGAGGCAUUGCACGUUACGCUGGAGUUUGUGACUAUGCGAGUGCCAAAACAUUGUUCAUUGUAUGAAAACGCACAGCGCCGUAUGUUUUGGCUUGCUCAUGAAUCCUUGCAGAAAUUAUAUAAUCAAACGAAGUGGCCGUUAUAUCCUAGACGUUUUGUUAUACAUGCAUUUUUGCGAGUGUGCAAUUGCUUCCAAUCUCAAGUACUCAGAUCGUAACUGAGGGAGGACUGGCAGGCUUGUUCGAG